AUGCCGAGUGACUUAGAUAGACAAAUCGAACAGCUAUCCCGAUGCGAGCCCAUCUCCGAAGAACAGGUCAAACGCCUCUGUCUCAAAGCCCGCGAGAUCCUCAUCGAGGAGGGCAAUGUCCAGGCUGUUGAUUCACCCGUCACCAUAUGUGGCGACAUCCAUGGGCAAUUCUUCGACUUGAUGGAGCUGUUCAAAGUCGGCGGAUUCUGCCCCGAGACGAACUAUCUCUUCAUGGGCGACUUCGUCGACCGCGGCUUCUACUCCGUCGAGACCUUCCUCCUCCUCCUCGCCCUCAAAGUCCGCUAUCCCGAGCGCAUCACCCUCAUCCGCGGCAACCACGAGUCGCGGCAGAUCACCCAAGUCUACGGCUUCUACGACGAAUGCCAGCGGAAAUUCGGGGGCUCCGCGAAUGUCUGGCGGUGGUGCUGCGAGGUGUUCGACUACCUGGCGCUGGGAGCCGUAGUCGACGGCCGGGUGUUCUGCGUGCACGGCGGGCUGAGUCCGAGUUUGCAGAGUGUCGAUCAGAUUCGAGCGAUCGACAGAAAACAGGAAGUCCCGCACGACGGGCCCAUGUGCGACUUGCUGUGGUCGGAUCCGGACGACAUCAAAGGGUGGGGCCUCUCCCCGCGCGGUGCCGGCUUCCUCUUCGGAGCCGACAUCACCAAGGCCUUCGCCCAUGCCAACGCUAUCGACCUCAUCGCCCGUGCCCAUCAAUUGGCGAUGGAGGGCUAUAAAUUGAUGUUUGAUCGGACGAUCGUGACGGUGUGGAGCGCGCCGAAUUAUUGCUAUCGGUGA